AUGGAUGCAAUUGGUUUUAUGUUUGUCGAGGUAAUGAGAUGUGCGACAGUGUUGGUUAAUCCUUUAGUUGGUAUUUGCAGCUUUAAUACCUUUAUGAGCAGCAGCUCACAGUUUGGAUACUGGGGAAGCGACGAAAGUUGGAGUUCGUCAGGAAGGGAGGAUCCUAAGUCGUCUUCAGAAACAAGUACAAAGGAGGCAGAAAUCAGGGACAUGGCACACGUAGUCGAUCCAGAUCCGGAGAUUGGUUCGCUCACUGCCCAUCUAGACGGUGAGCCAGCCCAGACUAUAGUGAUGAACCCGCGUCAGAGAGCCAUAGAUAUCAAAACAAAUGUGUUAGGCAUUUUACCAACAUUCUCUGGACGGAGGAACGAGUGUCCGUAUGCAUUCUUAAAUGAGUUCAGCAAGUUGUGCAGUAUUCAGAAAAGGCCCAAAGACACAACAGAAGAGCAUUACCGCCUACGUGCGAUUCCGUUCCCCUUGAAAGGAGAGGCCAAUACCUGGUUACUAAGGUUACCUUCGGAUUCCAUUCGUACAUGGAGAGAUUUCAAGUUGGAUUUCCUGGAUUACUUUUUCCCGUCAAACAAAACGAACGCCCUCAAAAAGGAAAUCGUGGAGUGUAAGCAAGAGUAUGACGAGUCUCUGAGUCAGUAUUGGUCGCGGUUUAAGGGAUUGUUGGAUGCCUGCCCGAAUCACAAAAUGAUUGAGGCAGAGAUUUAUUAUCUGUUCUAUGAAGGGGCAAACCCCGAGUCGAAGGAUUUGAUGAAUUCCUCGAGCGGGGGAAAUUUCACAAAGAAAAAGGGGAGUGUAGCCAGAGAGAUCUUGGGAAAGUUGAUUGAAGCUAAAAAGGCAUACGACAGCCCGAGGAAUGCUAUGAGGAGAGGGUCAGCAAAUGCGCUGAGAGAGCAAGAUGACGAAAGAGUUGAGGCGAGAAUAGAUAGGCUUGAGAAAGCACUCCUGAAUGCAAUCGAGAACACUAAUUCAACAGCCUCACAAGAAAAAGAAAAACCUCCAGGUCCAGGAGAAAUUUCAUCCCAACAAUACUAUGGCCCUCAAGAGGGAGACUACUAUGGAAGUUGGAAUCCGGGGAGACAGAGGGAUGCACCCUGGAGGAACCAUCCCAAUUUUAGAUGGUCUGACAACGAUCCGAACCAACCACCCCCACAACAGAACACUCAGUUGACACAUCAACCAGAAAGACAGACUAAUUGGUCUGGGAGAAAUCAGGAGGGGCAAACCAACUGGAACAACCGGAACCUGAGAGACCACUCUAAUUGGGGGAAUAUGAAUCAGACUCAGGGAAACUCUUAUGUGCCGCCACACCAGAUGAACCACACUGGAAAUUAUCAGAAUUCCCAACCACCUUACCAAGGGAACCAAGGGCCAGGUCCAGCGAUGAGGAAGGAGGAAGAAACGCCUUCCGUGAAGGGCAAUGAAAAGAAGGAUCUAAUUCCUGAGUCCAAGAAUUCGGAAGCAGAGGGUUCGAGGAAUAGAGAUGACCUUCAGGCAGGUGAUCUGGGGAAACCGCUACCUAGAGAAACUAAACCAUUCUUUCUAGACCCAGAGCUGGAAGCGGAGAAGGAAUUAGCAUAG